AUGAGCGAGGAUCCAAACAACCUUAAGGCGGCCGCGGAGCUCGCCCAGUAUCUCAUUAAUUCCUAUGAAAAGGGAUAUCAGCCAGACUUACAACGCGAGAAAUUCAAAAUCGCACGUAAAUAUCACUUAAGUCGAGGUCUCGGAUCAUCAGAAAUCAUCAAAGCUAUUCCACUCGAAUACCGUGAGCGUAUCCUUCCACUCAUCAGAAAGAAACCAGUUCGUACAGCAUCAGGCGUCGCUGUUAUUGCAUUCAUGUGCAAGCCACAUAGAUGCCCACACGUCGAAACAAACGGAUAUCCAUGUUCAUACUGUCCAGGUGGCCCAGACUCUGACUUUGAUUACUCAUCACAGUCGUAUACAGGUUAUGAACCAACAUCAAUGCGUGCCAUUCGUUCCAAGUACGAUCCAUUCUCACAGAUCAGAGGCAGAAUCGCCCAGUUGAACAGUAUUGGACACUCUGCUGUCAAACUCGAGCUCAUUUUGAUGGGUGGUACUUUCCUUUCUCUUGAAAAGGAAUAUCGUGACAACUUCAUCAUCGGAAUGUACGCUGGUGUUACAGGUCACGUAGCCCACUCUGUUAAGGAAGCAACAACAUAUGCUGAAUGCUCAACAGAUAGAGCCGUCGCACUCACAAUUGAGACACGUCCUGACUACUGUUUCGCUGAACAUAUCGAUGACAUGCUUACUUACGGUACAACAAGAGUUGAAAUCGGUUUACAAACUGUCUGGGAAGAUGUUCUUUGGUAUGUCGGCAGAGGACACGGUGGCGACGAUGUUGCUCGUUCCUUCAGAGAUUGCCGUCGUUCCGGACUCAAAGUUACGGCUCAUAUGAUGCCAAAUCUUCCACAUACAGAUUUCGAACGCGAUAUCGAUGGUUUCGUUGAAUUAUUCGAAAACCCAUACUGGCGUCCAGACGGACUCAAGCUCUACCCAACUCUCGUUAUGAGAGGAACAAUGUUAUACGAUCAAUGGGUUGACAAGACAUACGUUCCAUUAGAUCCAGACGAGUUAAUUACAUUGAUCUCAGAGAUCCUCCGCCUUGUUCCACCAUGGGUCAGAGUUUUCCGUAUCCAAAGAGAUGUCCCAAUGACAUUAGUUUCCGCCGGUGUCGAGAACGGCAACUUGAGAGACAUCGCCAUGAAGAGAUUGCUCCAGAGAGGCGGUCGUGCAAGAGAUGUCCGCGCAAGAGAGGUCGGCAUUACCGAAAUCAGAGACAAAAUCAAGCCAGACAAGGUCGAAUUGGUCAGAAGAGACUUCAUGGCCGACGAUGGCUGGGAAACAGUUCUCUCAUACGAAGACACAGACAACGACAUCCUCAUUGGCCUUGUAAGACUCAGAGCACCAGGAGACACAUUCAGAGAUGAGUUACAAGGAGCUUCUUUGGUCAGAGAAUUACACGUGUACGGACAGGUUGUUCCUAUCGACCAAAAGGACCUUUCCAGGUACCAGCACAAAGGAUACGGAGCUCAGUUGAUGGCAGAAGCAGAGAGAAUCACUGUUGAAGAGCACGGAUCAAAGAGACUCGCUGUUAUUUCUGGUAUCGGUGUCAGAGAUUACUACAAGAAGCUCGGAUACAGAUUGGAAGGCGCUUACAUGGUCAAGGAUUUCGAAUAA